GCUCUCCCUAGGGACUGCGCUCUAACGGGAUAGAACCGCUGCGCUGUCUGCACAGGUAAACCUGUUGGCUGGUACCUCGUCAACUGCGUUUCUGGCUGCAUAUCCGCAAUGGCUCCCAAGUCGCGAUUCACAAGGCUCGACGCCUUUACAAAGACGGUGGAUGAGGCGCGGAUCCGGACCACCAGCGGCGGCAUUGUAACAAUUGUGUCGCUGCUGGUUGUGCUGUUCCUGUCUUGGGGAGAAUGGUCUUCGUAUCGGCGCAUCGUGGUACACCCAGAGCUGGUGGUGGACAAAGGCAGAGGCGAGCGAAUGGACAUUCACCUCAACAUAACCUUUCCCAACAUGCCCUGCGAGCUGCUAACUCUGGAUGUCAUGGACGUUUCUGGCGAGCAGCAGCAUGGUGUCGCCCACGGUAUCACCAAGCUUCGUCUGCAGCCCCCAUCACGAGGCGGUGGUGUGAUUGAAAGCAACUCGCUGGCACAGCUACAUGAGAAGGCCGAGCACCUGAACCCCGACUACUGCGGUGGCUGCUACGGAGCUACUGCGCCUGCUAACGCUGAGAAGCCCGGCUGCUGCAAUACCUGUGACGAGGUUCGAGAAGCUUAUGCGCAGGCGUCGUGGGCCUUUGGCCGAGGCGAGGGCGUGGAGCAGUGCGAGAGAGAACAUUACUCUGAGCGAUUGGAUCAGCAGCGAGAAGAGGGCUGCCGCAUUGAGGGCUUGUUGCAGGUCAACAAGGUCGUUGGAAACUUCCAUCUUGCCCCUGGCCGAAGCUUCAGCAACGGAAACAUGCACGUCCACGAUCUCAAGAACUACUGGGACCUCCCUAACGGCAUGAAGGCACACGACUUCACUCAUGUCAUCCACUCUCUGCGAUUUGGACCCCAGCUGCCACCUGAGGUUAUUGCGAGAAUGGGCCGCAGAACUGCGUGGACCAACCACCACCUCAAUCCUCUUGACGGAAUCCACCAGGAAACUAGCGAUCCCAACUUUAACUACAUGUACUUUGUCAAGAUUGUUCCUACGUCGUAUCUUCCACUCGGCUGGGAGCAAAAGUCCGCCUCUGCGUCUGAUGGCAGUGUUGAGACACACCAGUAUUCCGUUACGAGCCACAAACGAAGCCUGAUGGGAGGCGAUGACGCUAAGGAGGGUCACGCUGAAAGGCUGCACUCCAAGGGUGGUAUUCCCGGCGUGUUCUUCUCCUAUGACAUCUCCCCUAUGAAAGUUAUCAACCGAGAAGAGCGGGCCAAGACAUUCCUUGGCUUCCUGUCUGGACUUUGUGCGAUUGUCGGCGGGACCUUGACGGUUGCUGCUGCGAUUGACCGCGGCUUGUUCGAGGGUGCCACUAGGUUGAAGAAGCUUCGAUCUAAGGAUAUGUGAGAGAGCAUGGUCAAAGACGUCCCAUUGUAGAUUGCUUCGCUGGGACUCUUGAGGCGUAUGGACCAUUGGCGUUCUGGAUGGAAUAUCAUUUUUUUUUUUUUUAACUUUUUUGAAAAGGGGAUCAAUGAAAGUAUAUAGAUCGAUAUAUGAUGAUUAGGGACGAGUCAAUUGGACUUGGGCGGCAGUGAUUAGCAUUUCCAAUGGUGUUUACAACUCUACCAUCAGUCGUAUUCUGUAGCCGCGUGUUUGG